CGUGCCCUUCUAAUAAUCAAUUGGAAAAGACUCCUGUCAAAGCCAACAACGGGAAAAAGCGAAGUCUCUCUUCAAUUCUCGAGCUCAAACAAUGGCGCAACCUCUAUAGUCAUCAUCUUCUCCGUCCAUCGGUUCACCAACGUUGGCGCAAUCUCUAUAACCAUUAUCUCCUCCGACCAUCGAUUCACCAACUUUCCGCACUAGAAUGCGCUCAAAAGAUAGAAUUUCCUAUUUCUACGACGGGGAUGUUGGUAGCGUUUACUUUGGUCCAAACCAUCCCAUGAAACCACACCGGCUCUGUAUGACCCACCAUCUGGUCCUCUCAUACGAGCUCCACAAGAAGAUGGAAAUUUAUCGGCCACACAAGGCAUAUCCAGUUGAGCUUGCCCAAUUUCACUCAGCAGAUUAUGUUGAAUUUUUACAGAGAAUCACUCCAGAUACUCUACAUUUGUUCUCCAGUGAUUUGGCUAGAUAUAAUCUUGGAGAAGAUUGUCCUGUCUUCGAUAAUUUAUUUGAAUUUUGCCAAAUAUAUGCUGGUGGAACAAUAGAUGCCGCGCGCAGAUUGAACAAUCAGCAAUGUGACAUUGCUAUUAAUUGGGCUGGUGGAUUACACCAUGCCAAGAAGUGUGAAGCGUCAGGCUUCUGUUACAUCAAUGAUCUGGUUUUAGGGAUCUUGGAGCUUCUCAAGUAUCAUGCCCGUGUUUUGUAUAUUGACAUAGAUGUGCAUCAUGAUGAUGGAGUUGAAGAAGCUUUUUAUUUCACAGACAGGGUGAUGACUGUCAGUUUUCACAAGUACGGAGAUCUAUUCUUUCCUGGAACUGGUGAUGUUAAGGAUGUAGGAGAACGGGAAGGAAAGUACUAUGCCGUAAAUGUACCCCUCAAGGAUGGGAUAGAUGACACGAGCUUUACCCGGCUUUUCAAGACGAUUAUUUCCAAGGUUGUUGAAACAUAUCAACCGGGUGUGAUAGUUCUCCAAUGUGGGGCAGAUUCACUUGCUGGGGACCGCUUGGGCUGCUUCAAUCUCUCUAUUGAUGGGCAUGCUGAAUGUGUCAAGUUUGUGAAAAAAUUCAAUCUGCCCUUACUGGUUACUGGAGGUGGGGGGUAUACAAAAGAGAAUGUUGCUCGUUGUUGGACUGUUGAAACAGGAGUGCUUUUAGACACAGAACUUCCUAAUGAAAUCCCAGAGAACGAGUAUAUCAAAUAUUUUGCCCCGCACCACUCUCUGAGGAUUCCGAGCGGACACAUAGAGAAUUUAAAUAGCAAGUCAUAUCUUAGCACAAUUAAAAUGCAAGUGUUGGAGAAUCUUCGCUACAUCCAACAUGCUCCUAGUGUACAGAUGCAAGAGGUUCCGCCUGACUUUUAUAUCCCUGAUUUUGAUGAAGAUGACCAGAACCCUGACGAACGCAUGGAUCAGCACACCCAGGACAAGCUUAUCCAGCGUGAUGAUGAAUAUUACGAGGGAGAUAAUGAUAAUGAUCAUCAAAUGGACACUUCAUGAACUUAAAAGGUGAACAAUUUUCAAUCGGAGGGUCAUGUUUUGACAUGAACGGAAAGAUGUAGGCUCCAGAUUGUUUUCAAUUUUGACCUAAUUUUAAAAAAAAAAAGAAAAAGGAAUCACUCUAUAAUUGAUUAUAUAUUGUUAAGACUUCUAUUAUUCAGUGUAUAGGAGAGCGAUUCUAUUGACCAAGAACACCCCAUUAGAGCCGAUCAUAAUUUGCCUUUAUCGUUAUGCAUUUCAUUUUCUCAGAAAAUGUUCAUUGUAAGACGGGUUUUGUUAUUUUUAAUUAUCGAAUUAUUCAUGUAAUUUCUUUAUUCCUUACUCUCUCAAUGUAAUAUAAUAUCAUGUAUAUGUUUA